AUGCCCGCCACCACGGCCGAGACGCUCGCCUUCGUCUCCAAAAAUGUCACCGUCGCCCCCCUCGUGCUCCUCUCCGUCGUCGACCACUACAACAGAGCCGCCAAGGGCACGCGGAAGCGCGUCGUCGGCGUCCUGCUAGGCCAGAACGACGGCACCAACGUCCGCGUCUCCAACAGCUUCGCCGUCCCCUUCGAGGAGGACAACGACGACCCCUCGGUCUGGUUCCUCGACCACAACUACGUCGAGAACAUGCGCGACAUGUUCAAGAAGGUCAACGCCCGCGAGAAGUUAAUAGGCUGGUACCACUCCGGCCCCAAGCUGCGUGCCUCCGACCUCGAGAUCAACGAGCUGUUCAAGCGCUACACCCCGCACCCCCUGCUGGUCAUCAUCGACGUCCAGCCCAAGGAGUCGGGCGUGCCCACCGACGCCUACUUUGCCGUCGAGGAGAUCAAGGAUGACGGCACUGCUACCUCCAAGACCUUUGUACAUACCCCGUCCACCAUCGAGGCCGAGGAGGCCGAGGAGAUCGGCGUCGAGCACCUGCUGAGGGACAUCCGGGACGUCGCCAUCGGCACCCUGUCCACGCGCAUCACAAACCAGCUCCAGUCGCUGCAGGGCCUGCACCUGCGGUUACGCGAGAUCCAGGCCUACCUGCAGAAGGUCCAGGACGGCCAGCUGCCCGUCAACCACGCCGUGCUCGGCAACCUGCAAGACAUCUUCAACCUGCUGCCCAACCUGUCGACGCCCAAGCCCGGCAGCGAGGGCGGCCGCCCGGGCAGCACCGGCGGCGAGCUCUCGUACGCCAUGAGCGUCAAGACCAACGACCAGCUGCUGGCCAUCUACCUGAGCAGUCUGAUCCGCGCCAUCACCGCCUUCCACGACCUGAUCGAGAACAAGAUCCAGAACCGCCAGCAGCAGGAGGAGAAGGAGGCCAAGAAGGACGAGGCCGCCGCUGCCGCUGCGGGCGGUGCCAAGGACGAUAAGGACAAGAAGGAGGGUGGCGUCAACGGCGUCAACGGCGAGUCGGCAGAGAAGAGUGGCGAUAAGGACAAGAAGAAAUAG